GAAUAAUCACCUCAAACUAAUUUUUUUAAAAAUCACAAUUCUUUUUUUUAAGUGAAUUUUUGUUAAUAAAUUUUUUUAAAAUUGUUUACAAUCGAAAUAGUGAAUUUUUUUUUUGCAUUUAUUAAAAGAGAAUCAAUUCAAAUAGCGUGACAUGGGGAAAGAAAUUCUUUUGAAAGAAAACAUUUUGAGUUGCGUGCAUGACGACACUCUUCCAGAGAAGAACAAUCUUUACAAUUAUGAUUGAGAAGGAAGAAUUAAUUUCACCAGUUGAUUUUGCUAUUGGACUUUGUCUUUAUCCUCGUACUAGAACACCUGUUUACAGUCAAAAUGAAAAAGAAAUUUUACUUACGAUAAAUGGUUUUCAACAAAUUUACAAUUGCACUUAUCGAUUGGAAAAUGACGGGUACAAUAUCCGGCGAGUCCAUCAACCGGAAGAAGAACGAUGUCGACGACGUCGGCACGAAGAAGUGCCACUUUCAACUAGAUUACCAACUUUUGAUGAAAGAAGAUGGAUAAAAAAAUUAUUAUUUGACUCGACACGCGAUCAUCGUCAUCAAAAUGAUCUACAGGAUCAUCUAACGAAUCCACAGGAAAACGACGACGGCGCCGUAAGGAUCGUCGUCAUAAAAGCCACCUCCACUACGUUGCUUAGUGAAAAUCCGUCGGCCGUUACGAACACACCCCAACGUUCGCUCGACGAAGUCGGAUCACUUCUUCGGAAAGCCCUGAGAAUCGUUUCGCCGCCUGCCCUCCCUUGCGACUGUUACAUUUUUAACAUCUUCCAUCAUCAUCAUCAUCAUCAUUAUUAUCAUUAUCAUCAACCUUCAAAACAAUCGCGGGACCAGAAAUUCACAAUUUCCCAUCACACAAUGCCGCGGACACCGACUAUUAAAGGAACUUCUAAUUUGACGCUCCGCGGACAGAUGGACAGGCGGCGGCCACCGUUUCUCAGGGGCACUUCAAAAGUCAAAGAGCCAGGCAAAGGUCGAAGUGAAAAAAUGGAAACGAGGCCAAUUGUUGGUAACAGUGACGGGGAACGAGUUAGUGAUGAAGAUCCUACAGCUGAUGGAUUAUUGAGACAAAAUUAUGAAUUACGACAUCGACUUGAAGAAGAAACGGCAAGCUAUAAAAGACGACUUGAUACCUAUCGACAAGCACAACAACAUCAGGCAGCUCUUGUAUCACGUUUACAAGCAAAAGUUCUUCAAUAUAAACAAAGAUGUUCUGAAUUAGAAAGUCAAAUGGUAGAGUCACUUCCUGCGGAAAUAGUAAGAGUUCCCUCUUCUUCAGCAAGAGGAAAUUCAGCUUUAGACGCAGCGCAACAAACAUUGAGGGAAUUACGAGAAGAGCAGAUACAUGAUUUAGAAACUGCUUUAAAAAAAUUAUCCGAAGAAAGAAGAAGGUGCGACAAACUUUUGCAAUUAAACACAUCUUUAAAGGAUCAAUUAGAAGAAUCCCAUCAAACAAAUGAGACCCUAACUAAUGAUCUUCAAAAAUUAAGCAACGAAUGGGAUUCAAUGAGAGAGGAAUUAUUAAUUAAAGAAGAUGAAUGGAAAGAGGAAGAACUUGCAUUCAAUGAAUAUUAUACAUCAGAACACAAUAGAUUAUUAAAUUUAUGGAGGAAUGUCGUCUCUGUAAAACGUCUAUUUUCCGAUGUUAAAUCAUCAACUGAAAGAGAUUUGUCCAAGUUACGAAAUGAAAUUAGCAUUGCUUCUAAUUACAUGGUCUCUGCUUGUACCAGCACAAAAUUUGCCGUGAAAAUGCAAAUGGCAGCAGCUCAACCAGUUAUACCCCAAUCAUUUCAACAAAUUCAAAGUGCAUCCGAUUUAAAAGCAGAAAUAGCUUCAAUAAAACAACAAUUCGAUUUGGCUCAAGGUGAAAUUCGAAUGAAAGAUGAAAGAAUUCAUCAAUUGUUAAAAGAGGUUCAAUCAUUGGAUGAAAGAUGUGGAGAGGCAGAAUCAGGUGUCACGCAAGCAAUAAAAAUGCAGGAAGACAUUGAAAUUUUACAAACUGCCUUGAAAGAUAUUGCACACGCUGUAAUUCAAGACGCGGAAUCACGAAAUGCAGAAAGUAAUCAGCCACCACCUCAUAUUCAUUUAUCGCCUUCAAUUUCUAUACCUCAAAAAUCGCCAAAACGUGGAGCAAGAAGUGCCACUACACCUGCAUUUGCUGAAAGCACUAUCAGCGCUGUUCAAGCUGCUUUACACAAAUACCAAUUGUCCAUUCAUGAACUUCAGGUAAAAUUACAAACAAAUAAAGAACAAUUGUCAUUGACACGAAAGCAAUGUGAAAACGCUGAAGAAACGACACAACAAUUGGAAGGUAAAAUUACAGAAAUAAUGUCUCAACUUGAUGCAAGUAGAUCUCAAUGUUUGCAAUUAAAUCAAGAGAAGGAUAUAUUGCAAAAAAAUUUAGAUUCAAUUCGAUCGGAGAAAAAUUCUCUCGAUCGAAAUAGAGUCGAAAUCACAAAUAUGUUGGAAACAUUAAACUCUGAUUAUGAAAAAUUACAAAAAUCACAUAACAAAUUACAAAAGUUGUGCGAGAAUCUUGAGGAUGAAAAAAUGUAUCUUCAAGAUGAACUCGGAAGAGUUCUUAAAGAAGCUGAACUCAGGGAACAAACACUACGAUUAGAAGAAGAACGAUGCAGUAAAAUGAGAGAAGAAAUUUUAACUCUCAGAGAAGAAUUGAGUAGAACGUCACUUGAUAGAGAUAUGCUAGAACAACAGAAACUAGAAACAGACAGUUUGAUUUCACAAAUUGAAAAGAGUAAAGGUGACGUAGAAUUGGAAUUGGAACAAAUUCUUUUGGAGAAAUCAGAUAUUCAAGAAAUGUUGGCAAAAAUGGAAUCGAUUUGUGUUAAUCAUGAAGAAGAUAAAGCAAGGCUUCAAGAUGAAAUUAAAAAGUUGAAUGAAGAUAAAGAAAAAAUAGCAAGUCAAUGUACAGAUCAACAAGGUGACUUAUCAUCCUUGAAGAAGGAAUUAUUACAAGCCGAGCAAAAUCGUUUGGAUUUGGAAUCUGAGAAAGUUUCUUUACACGAAAAGAUCAAAGUUUUAGAAAUCGAGAAAGAAAAAGUAGAAAUUGAAUUAGGGCAAGUAUCGCGAGAACGUAGCGAUUUAAGUAAUCAAUUAUCAAUUUUAGCCAGAAAGAAAGAAACCCUAAACGAAGAAUUGAUGAGACUAAGACAACGAUUAGAACAAGCAAAUGAAAUGAAUGCAAGAAUAAAUAGAAAUCUUGAAGAUCUUGUCAAAGACAAUGAGGAAAAACAGGUAAUUUUGGAAGCAAGUGAAAAGGAACUUCAAAGAUUACAAGAACAAUUAGCUUCAGUUCGUAGUGAGAAAGAAACAUUGGAAGGUGUUCUAUUUGACACACAAAGUAAUCUUGAAAUGACACACGUUAAAAAAACUCAAUUAGAAAAAGAUCAACAAGAUUUAUUAAUAAAACAAGAAAGUCUUAAAGGACAAAUUAUUCGCUUAACGAAAGAAUUGGAAAAUAGUGAAAAACGUGCCCAGGAUAUGAAAUAUACUCUAACUCAACAGAGUGAAAAUCAAGAAGCUGAAUUUCAACAAAUUAUUUUAAAUCUAAAGAAACAAAGUGAAGACAGUAUUAAAAAAUUAAAUGAAGAUAAGGAACAAAUUAGAAUGUCACUGGAGAAACGUCUACAACAAAAUUUAUCACAAUUAAGUGGCGAGAAAGAUAGUGAAAUUGCACAAUUAGAAAAAAAUGUACAAGAUUUGCAAAUGCACGUUGAAACUGUUUGUCAACAACAUGAGGAAGUUCUUCUUAGAGCAGAAAAUGAUAAACAGCAAGCUUUACUUAUUGCUCAUCACGAUCAGCAGGCAUUAGUAGAAAAACUCGAAGGAGUUUAUAGAGAAUUAGAAGAGGAAAAAGGAAAUUUAGAUCGACUUCGAAGAGAAGCAUCAACACGUGCUGAUCAAGAUCGCAUCAAUUUAAAUCAAUUGCGUGACGAAUUCAAUCGAUUGAAAACACGAUUGGAGGAAACAAAAUUAAAGAGUGAUGAAGAAAAAAUCAAAUUAGAACUGAAAAUGGAAGAAGCUCUUAAAGAAAAGGAAUCGACACAAAGAGAAGUUGAGGAAUUACAAGUUCAACUUCACAUGGCUGAAGAUAAAGUCGAUAGUUUACAAAAUCAACUUCAUGAAAAUGAUAGAAAACUCAAAGAGGCUGAAAAUACAAUUGAAUCAUGUCGUAAAGAAUUAGUCGACAUUCGCCGACAAUUAACGGAUUCGAAUUUCGAGAAAGAUAAAUACAGUAGUACCAAUAAGGAAUUAAGGGAAUAUGUAAAGAGAAUCGAAAGUGAGAAACGGGAACAGAAUCGAGCAUUAGAGGAAGCUCAUCAAAAAAUUGCAGCUUUAGAAGACAUGAAAACGACACUUGAUGCCGAAAGAACUCGUCUUCAAGCAAAUAUUCGAGACAUGGAACGAGAAAUCACACAAUUGCAACAGCAACUUCGUUUCACUCAAGAUGAAUUACAAAAAUCGCAUGCGAUGAAUUCAACAGCUCAAAAUGAAGAGAAAGAACUUCAAGGACGUCUAGCUAAUGAAAUUGAAGAAAGAGAGCGACUACAACUUCAACUUCAUCAAGUUAAAAAGCAGGUUGUAGACUUAGACAAUAGUCUCGAAAAUACAAGACAAGAAUUCGCAAAAUUACGAGCACGAGCUGAUGAAGAUGAUGAAAGAUGGCGUGGAAGAGAACAAGAAUUACUGAUAAGACUAGAAGAUAGCAGAUGUCGAGAAAGAAAACUAGAGGAUCAGAAACACAAUUUGGAAGUUUGUCUUGCCGAUGCAUCUCAACAAAUUCAGGAGCUUAAAGCACGUUUGGGUGGCUCGGAAGGAAGAGUUCGAGCUUUAGAUGCCCAAUUAGCUCAAUUGGAAGUUUUAAAAAAAGAAGUCGAACAAAAAUUAAGUAGCGUGGGCACGACUCUUCGUCGCAUUGCUGGAAUUCAAUUAGAUGGAAGUGUCAAUAUGCCAUUUAAAAUCACGAGUCCUUCCCGAAGAUGGAGUCCAGUUCGCAUGCAAGAUCAUGGAAAUGCUGGUCGUGAUAUUGUUUUUGAUGUUGAUCCAGAAGUAGUAAGAAAAGGUGUUAGAUCUCUGAUGCAACAAGUUGCACAAAUCGAAAGAGAAAGGGACGACUACUUUACUGAAAUAGAAAAUAUGAAAAAACAACUAAUGGAAGCUGGUGAUAAUUCUAAUAAAACAGAUUUAAAACUUAAUACUUUACUCAUGAAUAUAAGAACAAUCCAGGAAGACAAGAAUGUUCUUGAAUCGAAACUCUCUCAAAAAGAUGCUGUUUGCCAGGCGCAGAUGGAAGCUUUGCAGCAUAAAACAUCAGAAGUGGAACACUUAAGAGAAAGAGUUACCACUUUGGAAUUAACAGUUAGCAGUGAAACUGAAGAGAAAUCUCAAUACGAAGAUAAAAUGGAAAAAUUAAAACAGCUUGCGAAUAAAUUAGAAAUUGAAAAGAGAAGUUUACAAGAUGAACUUGGCAAAACAGAAGCAAGAACAACAAAAUUAGAACUUCAACGUAUGUCUCUUGAGGGAGAUCUUCAAAGAUUGCAAAUGAUCCUUCAAGAAAAAGAAGCUCAUAUUCAGAAACUUCAAGAUCGUUCUGAUACACAAACAAGAACAAUGACAACUUUAGAAGAACGUUGCGGUUCUUUAAAUUCAACUAUAGAGCAAUUGAAUCAAACACUUCAAAGAUCAUCAAAUACAGAAAGUGAUCUAAGAAAUGAAAUUAGUUCCCUGCAAAGAAAUCUAAUGGAAAUCACUGUAGCCUCACAAAGCAAUAACGAUAAACUUAAACAGCUGCAAAAACAGGUAUCUAAUUUAGAAAAUGAACGUCGAAUUUUAACUGAAAGAUUAGAAUCUGCACAACAGUCUGUCGGUGAAUUAAGACGCAAUAAUCAAACUCUUGGAGAUCAAAAUGUAAGGUUACAGAACGAAAUAUCGAAUAAUGAAGUUGUUCGAUCAGGACUUGAGGCACAAUUGCGAUUAUCAAAUUGGCCUCAUGAAGAACGAACAAAUAAAGAGGAAGAAUUAGUGCGACAGGUUCAAUCUGCACAAAGAGAUCGUAGUGAGUUAAAAGGAAAAGUUGAUGCUUUACACGAUAAGGUAAAACAUUUGGAGUCCGAUAAACGUAAUUUGGAACGUCAGUUGGCAUCCAUAAGACCUGGAAGUGUUCGAAGUAAGAGUUAUGAACGGCCUGAGAAAGCACAUGUUGAAUUAUUGGGUUCGUGUGCAACAAUUGAAAGUUUAGAACAAGAAAAUCGUGAUCUUCGACUGAGAAUUCGAAGAUUAGAAACGCAAUUAGCUGAAAAGGAAGCGGAACUCUUGCGAGUGAAGUCAUUAAAUAUUCAUUCACAUUCGUCUUUGGAUUUGUCCCGAAGUCGAAGUAGCGAAUUAGAAAGACUUAGAGCUGCUCAGUUACAAGCAGAAAAAUUGCUUGAAGCCAGAGAACAGAGUCAUCGCCAACAAGUUCUCAGGCUGGAAAAUCAGAUUCAAUUGUUACGAGAUCAACUAAAUCAGGAAAUUAAACGUCGUCAAUUAUACGUUUAUCGUAGUACUCAAGCUGGUCGAGAAAUGCAACAAUUGCGACAAGCAUUGGGCGACUCCUUAAGAACAGUAUCUCAAGAUCCAUCUUUAGAUGCUGUUUUAUUGGAACAUGAAGCUCGAAAAUUGGAUUCAACCUUAACUAGCACUGCCAGUUUACCUCCAUCAUUAGCCCUUCCUCCUCCACCUUCAUAUGAUUUAAAAUCUUCAUCUCCAUCUCAUUUUAAAUAAUGAAGGAAUUUAACAAAAACAUUUCAAGAUUAACGUUCGAAUAAUAAAGAAUUUCUUUUUAUUUUAAUUUUCGUUUGUGAUUUUGAAUAAUCCAAACGUGAUUGUUUUCUUAAAAGAAAAUAGAUAAGUUACAGUUAGUAUGAAUAAUUGAUCUCAUUUUUUUAUACUUUUCUACCCGUUGAUCUCAUAAAAUAUACCUCUUUACAGACUUGUAUUUAGUAUUUAAUUUUAACACGAUACAAUAUGUAGAUAUUUUAAAAGUUGAUUCCCUUACGAAAAAAUAAAACUAACGUGAUAUUUGUUAAGAUACGAGAGAAUUUGUUUUUCACAUACUGAUAUUACAAAAAAAGCUUAUUUACAUACCAAAAACAUAAUUUAUUUAAACGAAAUAAUAAAUUUUUUUCAGAAAAUUAUUAUGUUUCGCAAGGGUUUCAAUAAUUUUUUGAUAAUUACCAUGAAUUUUUAUACUUUAUAUUCGUACUUUUUUAAGAUCAUUUUAUCAGAUAGAUUUGACAAAAAAUAUUUCUGUGUGAGUAAUCAACGUUAUACAUUGAUGCUUCCAACUUAAUAUAUUUCGAAGAAAUUUAUUGUGUUUUUAAAUAUUUUCCAUUUUUCUGUAUUCUUGUGAUUAUGAUAUAAGACUCGAUUUUAAUGGAAAAAAACUGACUUCGUGAAAUCCGUCCAUAUUUAUUAAACCUAUUCGACAAAAAAAACAUCUAGUUAUUUUAGAUUAAAUAAAGAUCCGUGUUAUUGUGCGACAAAAGAGAGUUAGACAAAGAGUUUGGAAAAGUAGAUCGUCGAUAGUAAAAAAAGAAAACAAAAAUGCUUUGUUUCGUCUCAUCUUUGAGACAAAAAUGGACCAUCUAACAAGAGCAGUCAACAAAAAAUGCUUCAAAACUUUUACUAUAAUAUCGGCCACGAUUGAAAAAUUGACACGUGAUGUAAAUUUUUUAGAGAAAUGAGAUAACGAUAGAAAUUUGUAAACGUAGAUUGACAAAAAAAGUGGAUUGUGUCUGUUCUUUAUCAUUGAGAAUAUAGACAUUCAGUCCAGCUGUAUUAUCCGCACUUUAUUCCCGAUGCCGAUGAUAGAUCCACGGAUCUAAAAUUUGUUUCAAAUCUUAUUUAAUAUUUGAAGAAUUUAAAAAUUAUUAAUUUUAUUAUUAUUAUCAUUAUUACUAUCUAAUUGUACAUUUUUAUAUGUAAAAGUUAUGUUUAUAUUUAUGUGUAAAUUAGAAUUUCUUUUUGAUAAACAUUUUAAAUAAUGACAACAAAAUUUUACUUAAAAAUUAUAUAAUUCUUUAUAAUUCUACUGAUUUAAAAUCAGAUUAAAUUUUUUAACUAUAUAUAUGGAUAUUGUGGUAAAAUGUUUUAUUGAAGUCAAAAAAAAGAAAAUAUAAACGAUUAAAGUAAAAUUUGUUAAUGCACCGCAAUGCAAAAUCGCAGAUAGUGCAAUAGUUAAAAGAAAAAAAAUUGUCGCCGUUAAAGCGUUUUAAAAUAUGUGGAGAGCGAGUAUAUAUGUAACAAUAUUUUUUUUAUUAUGAAUUUCUUGUUACAAAAUUUUACUAUAAUCUACAAUUAAAAAAUUUACAAUAUUUGAUCUAUUAAAAAGUAACUAAUUUUUAAAUCAACUGUGCAUGUGAAAAAUCAUGUUUUCCGUAACGAAGGAUACUAAUAAAUUAUAUGAGCUUCCGCAAA